UCUUUUUCUCUUCUUCACUCCUCAUUCAUUUCUCACCUCUUCACUCCCCCUUCUCUUCUGUAACCCUUUUAUCUUCUCUGUCGCCGCCGCCGUCGGGUAUCCGUUCGCCGAUCAUCCGGUGAACUACUUACAAAGUGCUUGCUAACAUGAGUUCUAAGUGGAAUGGUGGAAACCACCCUACAAAUGCUGGUUCGUCGAGGGGGAGGGGUGUAUCCGUAGAUCAGCUGAGUCAGAACGUUUCUGAUAUUAGUUUGGACUCAAAAAAUGGUGAAUGGGAGGCUGCUCGGAAGUCCAAGGAUAAAUCUGGAAAUGCUGGAAAACCUUGGGGACAACAACCUGAGAAUCUUCCAAAUGCUUGGGGACAACAGCCUGCAAAUCCUCCCAAUGCUUGGGGCAAUCCAGAUGCAGUCCAGAAAUUGGGUAUGGGUUCAGGUAAAGGAAGAGGAAAUACCAGGCCCGUAGCUCCACAACCAGCACCACAGGUGGAUGCUAGAAGAUCUGCUGGAAGAGGAAAUUCCAGGCCUGUAGCUCCACAACCAGCAUUUCGUCCCCCCCUUGAGUAUGGAUGGAAGUGGUCCACAACUGCUGCAGCCGCUGCUGCUUCUGCUGCAGCCUCUGUGCAUGUUUCUGAGGAAACAAUCUUGAAUUCACCUUCAGCUGGGUUUGAAGAUGACAAUUCUGAUGCUGAUUCAGAUAUAAUUAAUGAUUCUGACGAUGAUCUAGCGAGCGAUGGGUUUGAUUCUGAUGAAAGCCAGAAGAGUCAUGAAACCAGAAAGAAAAAUAGGUGGUUAGCUGUUUUCUUUGCGACAUUGGAUAAAUGUUCGAAAGAGGAAGUCAAUGAAACAGCCAGACAGUGGCACUGCCCUGCAUGCCACAGUGGUCCUGGUGCGAUUUUCUGGUAUCGAGGCCUGCAAGCACUUAUUACACAUGCAAAAACAAAAGGCUCGAUAAGGGUGAAGCUCCACCGCGAGCUUGCAGAGCUGCUGGAUGAAGAACUGCGGAGGCGAGGCACUUCGAUUGUGCCAGCUGGCGAAGCAUUUGGUAAAUGGCGAGGUCUUUCAAAGGAGACACAGAAAGAUCGUGAGAUUGUUUGGCCUCCAAUGGUGAUCGUUAUGAACACAGUUCUGGAAAAAGAUGACAAUGACAAGUGGAUUGGCAUGGGCAAUCCGGAGCUUCUUGAAUACUUCAAAGAGUACGCUGCUGUGAAAGCUAGACAUUCAUAUGGACCUCAAGGGCACCGAGGAAUGAGUGUUCUUAUUUUUGAGAGUAGUGCAAUGGGCUACAUUGAAGCUGAUCGUCUUACCACUCAUUUUAUUGAACAAGGAACGGAUAGGGAAGCAUGGGGACGCAAUCCAGUCCGUUUCUAUCCCGGUGGGAAACGUCAACUGUAUGGUUUUAUGGCUGAAAAGGGAGACUUAGAUAACUUCAACCAACAUUGCCAAGGAAAAACGAAGUUGAAAUAUGAGCUGCAGUCGUAUCAAGAAAUGGUUGUGAAACAAACGAGACAAAUGAAUGAAGAUAAUCAGCAACUCGUUUGGUUUAAGAACAAAUUGGCUAAAGAACAGAUGCGGUCCAAAGGCCUUGAGGAAUCACUUGGUAUUGUUAGUGAAAAGCUGCAGAAGACUAGGGAGGAAAACCGAAUAGUGAAACUAAGAUUCAAAAAGCACCACGAAGAGACUAAGGAAGAGAUGAUAUAUCAAGAACAGUUCUUCAAUGACCAAAUGAAAAUGAUCCAUGAAACUAGGGAAGAACUGGAGUCCAAGUUUGAGAAGAUGCUUCAAGAGCAACGACAGAAGGUCAAACAAUCAUCCAAUAGUCCAAAUAGCUCUUCUAUAGUGGGGGAUGAAAUCACUAAGUUCAUAAAAACUCAAGACAAGGAAAUGAAAGAGUUUGAAACUGAGAGGGAGAAUCUGAUCAGGAGUCACGAUGAGAAGAAGAACGAAAUGAAGAAGAAACACUGGGAGGAGGAAGUUGCCUUGGAGAACAUGUUUGAUAGCGAAUUGAAUCUUCUCAUGGAGAAGUACACUCCAGCCAUGGUUAAGUAAAAAAAGGUCAUUAACAAAUAAUUUCUACUAUAGUAUUAUUAUUCUCUAAAAACCUAUUACCUUGCUAUGUUUGGUUACGAACAUAUAUAAGGUCAGUAAUUUCUAGCAAGAAAAAUGCCAGAGCAUUUUUCCCCGGAUAUUUUCUAGUUACUCUACUACAAAAACAAGGAUUCUAUUACUUGGAAUUUCGUAUUCAGGGCUACUCUAAAUUGAGCCGGUUUUGCUUCACUGUUGGAUGAAUCUUAUUAAUAGACUAUGUUUGGUUAGUACA